UCGGGCGGUUGGAGCGGGGCCAUGGUGUUUGAGGCGCUGGUGGCUGAGCUUCUGAACCGGGGCCUGGGUGAUUAUGUGGAGAAUCUGGACAAGUCCCAGCUCAAGCUGGGAAUCUGGGGAGGAAAUGUGGUCCUUGAUAACUUGAAAAUAAAAGAAAAUGCUCUAAAUGAUUUUGAUGUCCCUUUCAAAGUCAAGGCUGGACAGAUAGACAAGCUCACUUUGAAGAUCCCUUGGAAGAAUCUGUACAGUGAAGCUGUGGUUGCUACUCUGGAUGGUUUGAACCUUCUGGUGGUUCCAGAAGGAAGUAUCCAGUACGAUGCUGAAAAGGAAGAGAAACAGCUGCAGGAGACCAAACAGAAAGAACUACUUCGAAUUGAAGAUGCAUUGCAAAAAGCAGCAAUGAAAGAUAAACCUAAAGAAGAGAAAAAGGACUCCUUUGCGGAAAAGCUUGCAACACAGAUUAUUAAAAAUCUGCAAAUCAAAAUAACAAGCAUUCAUGUGAGAUAUGAAGAUGCUAUUACUGAUUCUUCGAGGCCAGUCUCUGUUGGUGUCACAUUAGGAGAACUCAGUUUACAGACAGCAGAUGAAAACUGGACACCAUGUAUUUUGAGCGACACUGCAAAAAUCAUCUAUAAGCUUGUCCGCUUAGAUUGCCUUUGUGCUUAUUGGAAUGUGAACAGCUUGCUGUUGUGCAAUAACACGAGGGACCAAAUCUUGUUGCAGCUAAAAGAAGGGAUAGCUUCAAGUGCUAAUGAACCCAAAAGUCAUGAUUACAUUUUUAAGCCUAUAUCGGCGUCUGCAAAACUUUGCAUCAAUCCUUCUGCUGAAACUGAAUUGAAUUCACCCAAAAUAAAUCUGGACAUGGAAGUACAGAGCAUUGACAUAGAAAUGACAAAACCGCAGUAUCUCAGCAUUAUAGAUCUGUUGGAAUCUGUGGACUAUAUGGUUAGAAACGCUCCUUACAGAAAAUAUAAGCCCAAUGUACCUCUUCAUAAAAAUGCCAGUAAAUGGUGGAAAUAUGCAAUGACAGGAAUUCUGCAAGUUCAUGUCCGAAGAAGGUAUCACAUGUGGUCCUGGGACAACAUUAAAAGUCACCGGCAAAAUCUGAAGGCUUACAAAGUGGCUUAUAAAAACAAACUGACACAGACCAAACUUUCUGAAGAAGUAUUGAAACAACUUCAGAACCUGGAGAAAUCACUGGAUAUUUUCAACAUCACACUAGCGAGACAGCAGGCACAUGUGGAGGUCAUCAGAUCAGGUCAUAAGAUGCUGGGGAAGAAGGGAUCAGAGAAGCAGAGUGGGGGCUGGUUCCGUGGAUUCUGGGGAAGAAAAGAGUCCAAGAAGAAAGAUGAAGAGGAAGAUAAAUCAGUUCCAGAAAGUAUUAAUGACCUUAUGACAGCUGAAGAAAAGACCAAGCUGUACACUGCUAUUGGAUACAGUGAGAGCUCCCACAACCUGACCUUGCCCAAAGAGUAUGUAGCAAAUGUGAUUAGCUUCAAGUUGGUUGCUACCUCCAUCACAAUCCGAGAAGAACCCAAUGUUCCAGAGAUACUCAAUGUGCAGAUGAUAGAUCUGAGUACAAGUGUGUUUCAGCGCCCUGGAGCCAAAGGCCUUAAGGUGGAAGCUCGACUGGAACACUGGUACGUUACAGGCUUGAAACAGCAGAAUACAGUUCCAUCUCUCAUGGCUUCUGUUGGAGGAACAGAGUCGUCUUUGCUGAAUGUGUGUUUUGAGAUUAAUCCAGAAGAAAGCAAAGCAGAUCAACUUCUAAGUGUCCAGUCCCAACCCGUGGAACUGAUUUAUGAUGCUCAAACAAUAAAUAGCUUGGUGGAGUUUUUCCAGAUGAGCCGAGGACUUGACCUUGAGCAGCUGACUUCAGCCACUUUGCUCAAGUUGGAGGAAAUCAAAGAAAAGACUGCAACAGGUCUGUCGUACAUUAUUGAAACACGUAAAACUUUUGAUCUCCGUAUCAACUUGAAACCAUCCUACCUUGUGGUUCCACAGACGGGCUUUUACAAUGUGAAUUCAAACUUAUUGAUUGUGGACUUUGGAAGUUUGCAGUUAAACAGCAUCAGCCGCAAUGACCAAAAAGCAACAUCCCCAAGUUUAUCUUUGGAGGAAAUUUUGGAGCGAGCCUAUGAAAAGUUUGAUGUGGAACUCAGAAGUGUUCAACUUUUGUUCAGUAAGCCAGGUCAAGAUUGGAAAUCUGCUAGGAAGCAAUGCUCCUCAAUUCAGCAUAUAUUACAGCCCAUGGAUGUCAAGGUUCAGCUUUCAAGAGCCAUAGUGGAGAAAGAUACCAGAAUCCCUAAGUUUAAAGUCUCUGGCGAACUCCCUUUACUCCAUGUCAGGAUGUCAGAUCAAAAAAUCAGAAGUGUUUUUGAGCUCACUGAUAGCAUUCCCUUACCUCUGAGGUCAUCCUCCAGAUUUCCCAUCAAAGCCAAGAUAUCAUUGGCUGCAAAACCAAGGAAGUUGUUUGACCCUCAUCUGGUAGCUGUUGGUUCUGCAGCAUCAUUGGAAGGAGAUGAUUCAAGUUCACUGGAAUCUGAAGCAGAGUUCUGUGAUGCAAAGGAAGAAGUUGACUUGCCGAGUAAACUUGUAAUGGCAGCUGGCGAUGCACAGCCCUAUCAUAUUCAGCAAGAGGAUCUUGAGAGUGUCUGUGAGGAACUGACAGAUCUCCAGCUGAAGUUCGAAGUGAAAGAGGUAGUCGUUGAACUGACCAGGCAAGAAGACCAGGAGAAGCCAUUGCUUGUUUUUAGUGUGUCUCAGUUGGGGACUGAAAUGAACAUCAGAACAUUUGAUUUGACAUCUACAUCAUAUUUGAAGAAAAUCACCUUAGAUUAUUGUGAAUUUCCUGAUGCCCAAAAUCAGAAGUUACACUUGAUCAGCUGUGCAGAUAUGCCAGGUUCCGAUCUUCUGAAAGUGGAAUACAUUAAGGCUGAUAAAAAUGGACCACAUUUUAAAAGUAAUUACAACAACACGGAACAAAUGCUGAAGGUCACAUUUUCUUCACUUAACUUUCUUCUGCAUACAAAAGCUUUACUAUCAACCAUUAAUUUCCUGACCGUAGUUAUCCCAUCAGCUGACACGGGCUCGAUUGAUCAAGAUCGUGAAACCAAUGCUCAAAAGCGGGAAGAGGAUCUCGAUAAAGGGGUUACAUCAAGAACAGUUUUGAAAAGCUCAAAGGAUGCUGACCUGGUUGCUUUCAAGAUGUUUGCAGUGAUGAAUGCGUUUAAUGUAGUUGUUUGUGAUGAAAAGUGCAGUAUUGCAGACAUUAGAGUACAAGGUUUGGAUGCGUCUGCUUCAGUCCAGUCAAAGCAGAUGGAAGUCUCUGCCAGACUCCGGGAUAUCGUUGUUACCGAUGUUGAUUCAAAUACGUUACAUAAAAAGGCUGUCUCCAUUGUUGGGAAUGAAGUGUUCAGCUUUAAUAUAACCUUGUAUCCAAAUGCUUUUGAUGAUGAGACCUAUGUUGAUAUGUCGAAGGUCGAUGGCAAAAUCACAUUACGAGUUGGCUGUAUUCAGAUUAUAUAUCUCCAUAAAUUUAUUAUGUCAUUAUUGAACUUCUUUGACAACUUCCAAGCAGCAAAGGAAGCAUUAAGUGCAGCAACAGCCCAGGCUGCAGAAAAAGCAGCCUCCAGCGUCAAGGAUUUUGCCCAGAAGAGCUUCCGACUGGCAAUGGACAUACACUUGAAAGCUCCGGUUAUUAUCAUCCCGGAGUCCUCCAUCUCCAUGAAUGCGAUUAUGGCAGAUUUGGGUUUGAUUACUGUACAAAAUAGAUUCACUUUGAUCCCAGAUGAGGGGUUCUCGUUACCACCUGUAUUGGACGUCAUGGAUGUUCAUCUAACACAGCUAAAACUUUCAAGGACUAUCUUGCACACCAGUUCAUCUCAACUUGACAUUCAAAUGCUGCAGCCUACCAACUUACAACUCACUGUGCAAAGAAAUUUGUCAGCGGCCUGGUACCUCAAAAUUCCAAACGUGGAAAUCAAAGGAGAUUUAAAGACCAUGAAUAUUGUUCUCAGUGAAGAUGACCUAAUUGUUCUGAUGAAGGUCUUUGAGCAAAAUCUUGGUGAAGGCAGCAAAGAAACAAAUGCAGUAAAAGCUCUGAAGGAUGACGUGAAAAAGAAACUCAUAGAUCCCACAGAGGCAACCAAGCCUGUGAAAACUGUGGCAACUGAAGGCUCAGCAGCAGAUCAUCAUCUGGAUAUAAUAAAAGGCACAUCAGAUGACGUUGUCAAUGUUCAGCUGAACUUUGAAAUCAAGGAGGUUGUAAUAGAAUUAACAAAACAGGUUAACAAGCAGAAGAGCUCUUUUCUCAUGUUCCAUGUAGUGCAAUUGGGAACUGAAACCCAAGUAAGGAAGUUCGAUUUGAGUGCAACAGCCUACCUGAGGAAAAUUGCUUUGAACUGCUGUGAAUUUACAGAUUCAAAUAGUAAGCCGCUUAAUUUGAUUAGUUCUUCGGACGAACCUGGAUCUGAUCUUCUGAAAGUACAGUAUAUUAAGGCAGACAGAAAUGGACCACGUUUCAAAACUAGUUAUGACAGCACUGAGCAAAAGCUCACUGUGGCCUUUUCUUCUCUUGACCUGAUCCUUCAUUCGCAAGCCUUACUUUCAACCAUGAACUUUGUAUCAGCUGUAUUCCCAUCACACAUUCCCGAUCAUGAGCGUGAAAGAAAACCAAGCACAGACCAUGAAAAGGAGACUGUGACAAAAGCAGUCUCCCUCGACACAGUAGUCGAUGUUUUUGACCUAAAGUUUUCUGUUGAACUUGGUGCAUUGAACAUAUUUGUUUGUGAUGAAGAGUUCGACAUUGCUGACAUCAAAAUACAAGGUAUGGAUGCAUCCGUAGCUGUACUGUCAAAGCAGAUAGAUCUUUUUGCUCGACUCAAAGAUGUAGUUGUUACAGAUGUUGGUUCAAAGACUCUACAUAAAAAGAUUGUUUCAAUCAUUGGUGAUGAAGUUUUCAGCUUCAAGAUGAGUUUGUGUUCCAGUGCUACAGAGGGAAAGGACUACUUUGAUAUGUCAAAAGUGGAUGGAGAGGUGACAUUGCAGAUGGGUUGCAUUCAGUUGGUCUACUUACACAAAUUCUUCAUGUCAUUGUUGAACUUCUUUGACAACUUCCAAGCAGCAAAGGAAGCAUUAAGUGCAGCAACAGCCCAGGCUGCAGAAAAAGCAGCUUCCAGCGUCAAGGAUUUCGCCCAGAAGAGUUUCCGACUGGCAAUGGACAUCAACUUGAAAGCUCCGGUUAUUAUCGUCCCCGAGUCCUCCAUCUCCAUGAAUGCUAUUGUGGCAGAUUUGGGUUUGAUUACUGUGCAGAAUAAAUUUUCUCUGAUCUCUGCUGAAGAGUGCACUCUGCCACCGGUGGUGGACAUCAUGGAGGUUCACUUGACACAACUGAAACUCUCACGCACGAUUCUCCAGAAGGAUUCAAUGCAGCCUGAUUUUCUGAUUUUGCAGCCAGUGAACAUGCUGCUGACAAUAAAAAGAAAUCUGGCUGUAGCGUGGUAUCACAAAAUCCCUGGCAUGGAAAUAAAUGGAGAUCUGAAAGCAAUGAAUGUUACAGUUAGUCAGGAUGAUUUGACAAUCCUUUUGAAAAUCCUGCUGGAAAACUUCGGUGAGGCCACAAGUGAUAAGAAUGCUGCAGUAAACCCAAAAGACUCCGGCAAAAUAAGAGACAAAAUUGUUGCUUCUGGAGCCAAUCAAUGUGAAGGCUCUCCAUGGGUGAAAGCAGGUGAUGUGACUCAUGUCGAAUCCAAGCUUAAACCUGAGCCUUAUGAGACACUCAAGUUCGAUUUCAAGUUUGAAUCACUUUCGAUUCUGCUGUAUACUGAAGGUCUCAAACAGUCUACUGACCAGCUGCAGCGUCCAGAAGGUUCAUGUCUCGGGGAGUUCAGGUUACACCUCACCACAGCUUCAGGGAUGAUGUUCACAGAUGGUUCGCUGGUUUUUGACAUGAACCUCACCACGUGUACACUGGAUGAUCUAAGAGAUGGAGUUGAAAAAGUUACACAGAGAAUGAUUGAAAAGAAACAAGAUGCUCAGGAAAAUGUCAUGAUUGAGUUGCAGUACAACCAGACGGAGGAUGAGAUAUCUAUCACGACUGUGCUGGAACAUUUGUAUCUUUGUGCCAGUGUGGAGUUCUUGCUGAAUGUGGCAGAUUUCUUCAUCAAAGCUAUGCCUGAAAAAUCAGCUGACAAAUCUGUCCAGUUAUAUUCAAAACAAACUGGAAAGGCUUCUCCCAUUGCUGCGGAAGACACUCCAAAACAAAAAAUCAAUGUGAAAGUACUGGUGAUGAAUCCUGAAGUUGUGUUUGUGGCAAAUCUCUCAAAAGCCGAUGCCCCUGCCCUUGUUGCUUCAUUCCACUGUGACUUCUCGUUCAUCUGUGAAAAGCAGUCCCGUAAGAUGAUUGCCCUAGUCAGUGAUUUAAAGGUUCUAGCCUGUCCUUUCCUCCGAGAGAAGAGAGGAACAAAUAUAACCACGGUGUUGCAACCAUGUUCGUUGUUCUUGGACUUCUUUGAGCCCUCAUUUGGGCCACAAAAUAUCAGUCUUAAGGUAGAAGAGAUAAUUGUAAAGGUUUCCCCAAUUAUAUUAAAUACGGUGAUGACAAUCAUGUCUGCCAUGACUCCCAAAGUGCAGGAGAUGGAAAUCCAGCAAGUAAAUGACCAGGUGACUGACCUCUGGGCUGUGAAGGAUGUCUUCAAUUGUAAUUACUGGUUUCUGGGAGUCGAUAUGGCCAGUGAAGCAACAGAGACUUUCACAGAGGAAAAGCGGGAGAGGACAGGGGAGUCCUUCCAACUAGACAUUUCAUUAAUUCAAGUCACUCUUGAAUGUGGGCAUGGUCACUGCACAAUUCCUUUACUUCUGACAGAGUCAACAUUUUCUGGAAGAGUUGAAAAUUGGACAUCAUUUGUCAGUGUGAAUUCAGAUAUGACCCUUGAGGUUCUUUAUUAUAAUGAAAUGAGUGCAGUGUGGGAACCUUUCUUGGAGCAAGUUGCUGGAGGCCAGAAAAGGUGGAGUCUGACAUUUCAGAUGAAAACCAACAUGGGCCAGGACACAGCACUUGUUCCAGGGGAUGAUUUCUUUCAAAAUCUUGACCCGCAAACUGCCAUUACUAUUUCCUCAAAGGACAUAUUGAAUAUCACUGUGUCCAACUGCAGCUUGAACGUUCUUGAUGUCUUAGCCAAGGCGUUUUCAGCAGGAACUGCUUCAACGUUUGAUUAUUCACUGAAGGACCAAGUACCAUAUACCUUAAAAAAUGCACUGGGCAUUCCUUUGGAUGUACUUCACUCUGCAAAUCUUUGUGCCAUUGGUUUGCCUCCUGAUCAGAAAUUUCAUCAUCUGGAUGUUGGGCAGAUACUGGAACUUGAUUACUUGGCUGUGCAACCCAGAAAUCGAGGAAAGCUUUCUGUGUUAGAAAGACAAGAAAGUAGCCUUUUUAGUUUAACUGUAGUGCCGUGUGAUUAUACUGAAGUAGCAAAUAUCCCUGUUGCUAAGCCAGGCCGACGUCUGUAUAAUGUCCUCCAAUCUGGCAGCACACAUUCAGUGUCACUUCUAGCCCAGAUAGAUGUUGUGGAAGGUGAUAAAAGAAUUAUAAUCCGCUCUCCUCUCCAGAUCAAGAACCACUUCUCUGUCUCUUUUAUCAUCUACAAGUUUAUUCCGGAUGACCAGUCACUGGAGACUGUUGGUAUGGCUAAUCCUGAGGAGGAAUUCCACGUGCCUUUAGACUCUUACAGGGGGCAAUUGUUUCUGAAGCCAUCGGGUAGACUGGAGGACCAAUUCAAAAUGUCAACAACAUACAUUACAUGGAAGGAAGAGCUUCACAGAAGCACCGAGAUCCGAUGCACGUUGCAAUGCCCUUCCACUGAGAUGAGCUUCCUUCCUCUUAUAGUUAAUACUGUUGCUAUUCCAGAUGAACUGAACUUUAUCAGUAACCAUGGUGAAGAUGAGUGGGAUCCAGCCUAUAUUAUUCACCUCUACCCAACAGUUACAAUCAGAAAUCUUCUGCCAUAUAGUUUGCGUUACAUGUUGGAGGCAACAGCUGAAAUUAAUGAACUGGCAGAAGGAUCCUCAGCAGACGUACUCCAAUCCAGAAUGAAGGGUGAAAUAAUGGAACUAGUCCUCAUUAAAUAUCAAGGCAGGAACUGGAGUGGCCAUGUUAAAAUUGAAGAUGGACUGGCUGAAAUGUUUCCAAUAUGCUUCACUGCUGACAGCAAAGAUCGCAUGAGCAUUGAUUUGUUGGUCCACGUUCGCAAAAUUAGUGGCCGUCUGGUUUUGUCUAUUUAUAGCCCGUACUGGAUCAUUAACAAAACAUCUCGGGUCCUGCAAUAUCGUGCAGAAGAUAUACAUGUGAAACAUGCGGCUGACUUCCGUGAUGUUGUCCUAUUUUCCUUCAAACGGAAAAACAUUUUCAGCAAAAAUAAGAUUCAGCUGUGUGUAUCUACUAGCAACUGGUCUAAUGGUUUCUCAUUAGACACUGUGGGAAGUUACGGCUGUGUGAAGUGUCCGGCAAAGCAUAUGGAAUAUUUGAUUGGUGUAACCAUUAAGAUGAGCAGUUUCAACAUGACCAAAGUUGUUACCCUAACUCCAUUCUACACAUUAGUUAACAAGUCUUCCUAUGAACUGGAAGUUGGAGAAGAUCAGCCUGCUGGCCAAUUAGACAGUGGCCAGUGGAUUUAUAUUUCAGCAAUGGAGUGUCUUCCUUUCUGGCCUGAAACAACAACAAGUAAGCUCUGUGUAAGAGUGGUUGGUUCUGAACUGAAUUCAAAGUCCUUCUUCUAUAAUAAGCAAGACAAUGGCACAUUGUUGAGUCUGGAACAUGUGUGUGGUGGCAUUAUAGUGGAUGUGAACGUAGCUGACCAUGCCACAGUGAUCACUUUUACAGACUAUUAUGAUGGUUCUGCACCUGCUCUAAUCAUUAAUCACACAACAGCAGUGAAGUUUCGCUUCAAGCAAAGUGGAUUACAGGAGGAGUUGAUACUUGACCCCGGAGAGGCACGAUUAUUUGCGUGGGCUGAUCCUACUGGUGUCAGGAAACUUAAUUGGGGAUGCGCCUGGAAAACAGCAGAACUUGACCUGCUGAAGGAUCAGUUUGGGCAGUUUCUUUGGCAAAACAACAAUCAGAUUCACUGGGUAUCUUUCCUUGAUGGCCGACAGCGCGUGUUGGUGUUCACUGAGGAUGUUGCAGUUAUUUCUAAAGCACGGCAAGCUGAGGAUCUGAUGCAGUUUGACAUGGGAGUUACUAUUUCACUUCACAGCCUUGGACUGUCGCUUGUUAACAAUGAAAGCAAACAGGAAAUUGCAUACAUAGGAAUUACCAGUUCUGGAGUCGUUUGGGAAAUGAAACGGAAGCAACGAUGGAGGCCCUUUAGUCAAAAGCACAUCAAUCUUUUGGAACAGAGCUAUCAGACACACCAGACUGAAAAGACUGGGGAACACUGGAUCAAGUUGGACAGUAACUUGGAGGUUAAUUUUCAUGUUAUGCAAAUCCGUUUGCCUCAGCGAUUGAGCAUUAGGCGGAACUUUUUAUCUGGCAUUCAAGUUGAAUUUAAGCAGUCUGCUCAUCACAGGAGUUUGCGUGCUCAGUUGAACUGGCUGCAGGUUGAUAACCAGUUGCCUGGUGCAAUAUUUCCAAUAGCUUUCCAUCCAGUACCACCUCCGAAGUCCAUUGCUUUGGAUUCAGAACCAAAACCAUUUGUAGAUAUAAGCAUCAUCACAAGAUUUAAUGAACACAGUCAAGUCAUGCAAUUCAAAUACUUUAUGGUCCUGAUUCAGGAAAUGGCGGUGAAGAUCGAUCAAGGGUUUCUCAGUGCAGUUAUAGCACUGUUUACCUCAGCAUCAGAUCCUCUGGCAGUGACUCAAAAGACUAAUCUGAUAGAUCGGGACGUGGAAGCCCUAAAGGCAGAGUUGAUGGAAACAUCAAUGACUGAUGCUUCAAGACUUAGCUUUUUUGAGUAUUUCCAUAUUUCACCAAUCAAAUUGCAUCUAAGUUUAUCUCUCGACUCAGGAGGAGAUGAGUCCAGUAAAGAAAAGCAGGAAGCAGUGCCACUGCAGUCCCUCCACAUCUUACUCAAAAGCAUUGGAGCAACAUUAACAGAUGUGGACGAUCUCAUCUUUAAGCUUGCAUUCUUUGAAAUGAAAUUCCAGUUCCAAAAGCGGGAUCAAUUAAUGUGGGCUGUAAUUUCGCAUUAUAGUGAACAAUUUCUAAAGCAAAUGUACGUACUCGUUUUGGGGCUGGAUGUUCUGGGGAACCCAGUUGGCCUGAUCAGAGGACUGUCUGAAGGUGUUGAGGCGUUCUUCUAUGAGCCCUUUCAGGGUGCUGUUCAGGGACCAGAGGAAUUCGCAGAGGGCUUUGUGAUAGGAGUGAGGAGUUUGCUUGGACACACUGUUGGUGGUGCAGCUGGUGUGGUAUCUAGAAUCACAGGCACUGUUGGGAAAGGGCUGGCUGCAAUUACCAUGGAUAAAGAAUACCAGCAGAAACGAAGAGAGGAAAUGAAUCGCCAACCCAAGGACUUUGGAGACAGUUUGGCCAAAGGAGGGAAAGGCUUCUUACGAGGUGUGGUUGGAGGAUUUACAGGAAUAGUCACAAAACCAGUUGAAGGUGCCAAAAAAGAAGGCGCAGCUGGUUUCUUCAAAGGAGUGGGCAAAGGCCUGGUUGGUGUCGUUGCACGGCCAACUGGUGGGAUCGUUGACAUGGCAAGCAGCACUUUACAAGGAAUUAAAAAGGUUGCAGAAUCGACCGAAGAUGUAAAUAAACUCCGCCCACCACGGUGUAUCCGUGAGGAUGGAAUCAUUAGGCCUUAUGAUCGCACAGAAUCCGAGGGAUGCCAUUUAUUUGAGAAAUUGGAUAUUCAGAAAUUUGAAGGAGAGCACUACCGGAUUCAUUGUCGCUUGUAUGGGAGAAAAAAGGCUCAUCUGCUCAUCACAAACAGGAGGGUGGUGUGUCUGUCUGAUGAGAUUCUAGGCCAUCUUGGUAGUGACUGGAAUUACACUUUUGAAGAAUUUGUUCAACCACCGACUUUAGAAGGCAAUGUGUUGAGUCUGUACAUCAAGGAUCAGUCGAUAAUCGGAUUUUCAAACCCAAAAAGUGGGUCUGAAGGUUUUGUGAGGAAAGUGGCUGUCCAGGAUGUGAAGAUGGCGAAGAGGAUGAUCGAUGCCCUUGAAGAAGCUCAGGCAGCAAGGCAGCAGCAACAGCUGGUGAAACGAAAAUCACUGAGGUUUUUGAAGCCCUGAGGUGUUAUGCACUCCUGCUCCUUUUGCACUAAAUUAAUGUCCAGUGUUUGCUUUUCCACAAAACUGUAAUUUGCACUGCAACUAUAUAUUUUCUUACUUCUAAUGAAAUAUGAUUCUCAAAGUAUGAAUUCUGUGAACUAUUGAUAUCUUUUCUAUGCAGAAGAAUAGGCGUGCUUGUACUGAUAUCAACAUUCUCUUGUAUCUGAAUGUUGAUUGUUUCAGUUAAUAUUCUUAAGAUUUGCUAACUUUGCACUACCAAAAAUCUUUCAAGUGUUAAAAAUUCAUGUAUAAGUUGAAAAUACAAUCUAUAUAACAUAAGCUUUUUAUGUUUUUAUCUGGUCACUAAUACACUCACUUUGAUAAAUGCUGAGCUUCUAAUUGAGAAUCAAAAUGUCAGCUCUAUUCGUAAUGAAAGCUCAAUGAAUCUCUCAACAUGGACAGCUCUACUGUCGCAGAAAAGAAUUUUCAACAGUUGAAAAUUAUGUCAUUUUAAGAAUUUGUUUACGCCCAUGCUUGAUCUUCACAGUUGCAUUUGAUCAAUUCCAUACAUAAUUCGAAGCUUCAUGUACAAUGUGUCCCUCCGACCCAGAGAGUGAACGAUCAUCUGUUUCAGUUUUUUCGAUUGACUUAACCACUAAUUGUUCAGUCGACCAUAUAGAUUUGCUUAAAUAUUGAUCAAGUAUGGAAAGCUACCUCUACUAGUUAUAAACAAACGGCCAUGCAAAGCCAGCUGUUGGAAACAAUAUAUAACUUGAAGUUGAAUUUGUUUUUGUACUGUCUCUUAAAGGAGGAAAUGUGCUUUUCAUUUUAAAUUUGUUAUCAGAGUGGUUAAGAGAAGUCUGCUGUUUUGUGCUAUUUCCAUGCCUUUAAAUGAGGUUUUACAACACUGAAGUGAAGAUUUAGUGUUGAAUUGUUUGAUGCAUUAUUAAAAGAAAGCUGAAGUCGGGGAAAAGGUGCUACUGCCUACUGACAGAACUUCAGAUAUAACAAGGAACAGAACCAUCCAGCAAAUAUGUUCAGGUGUGUCAGAAAUUGGAGGCAAGGUAACUGGCCUGCUCAGCUCAGGAAACACGUGUUUGCUGAGGUUAAAAGUGUGAGUGAAUUUAGUUUUGAGUGUGUGCCUCAGGAGGAGGUACAGUAUGAUGGGAAAAAGCAAGUAGUGGCUGCGCAGUAGCUCACUCUAAUGAAACUAGGGUCAGCUGUCCAGGUCUGAGCCUGAGGGAAGGGGCUUUUUGUGAAGUAUAUUGUGAGGUUUUCCUGCGGUAAAUGCUGCAAUGACCAUUUGAAUCCUUUUCUGCUGUCUGUAAUGAAAUUCUUUUUUCAUGGUGUAAU